AAUUGAAGAGACCAUUUACCAACAAACCUUAAUCGUCACGAAUCUCUGGUUUUACCCCCACCCCACCAUCUUCUUUUUCUUCUGCAAUAAAACAGUUAAAAAGAAGAAUCAAAUUAAUUAAAUAAUAUUCCUAUUUUAACUCGAUUGUUUUUCACGAAUAUAUUUUAAUACUACUAUUAUCUUAGACGUAGAAAGAAGAAAGAAACUGAAAAAAAGAAGAAAAGAGAAAGAAAAAGUAGCAGAGGAAAAAGAAGAAGAAGAAGAAGAAGAGAGUAACAUUCAUUAUCAGAUCCUUAUAAAUAGGCGCGCACAUCACAAACGGAAGCUAGCUCCACCUGAAACCGGCUUAGACGGUAAUAAUACUCAUAAUAAUCGGUUUCUGAUAAUAAUAAACAACAAAAAUGAGUGGUCCAUCGCGAGAAGAACAAGAUUCAAAUUCAAAUUCAAAGGAAGAGGUAAAAGAAGACGAAGAAGGUAACCGGUUACUGGAACUAGAAGGUGAAUCGGAAGAAGAAGAAGAAGCAGCGUAUGAAUCCGGCGAGAAAAUCGUGGUGGUAGAUUUCGAAUUCGAUUCAAUAGACGAUUCAGCCGUUCCACCUUUCUCAUGGAAAAAGCUAUGGAUGUUUACUGGACCUGGAUUCUUGAUGAGUAUAGCUUUUUUGGAUCCAGGGAAUUUGGAAGGGGAUCUACAAGCUGGAGCAAUUGCUGGUUAUUCUCUUCUAUGGUUGUUGAUGUGGGCUACUUUUAUGGGGUUAUUGAUUCAAUUGCUUUCUGCUAGGGUUGGUGUUGCUACUGGUCGUCAUUUAGCUGAGCUUUGUAGAGAUGAGUAUCCUAAUUGGGCUCGUUAUGUGCUUUGGUUUAUGGCUGAACUUGCUUUGAUUGGUGCUGAUAUUCAAGAGGUUAUUGGUAGUGCUAUUGCUAUUCAGAUUCUUAGUCGUGGUGUUUUGCCUCUUUGGGCUGGUGUUCUUAUCACUGCUUCUGAUUGCUUUUUCUUUCUCUUUCUUGAGAACUACGGAGUGAGGAAGUUGGAAGCUGCUUUUGCAGUUCUCAUCGGUACCAUGGCUCUUUCUUUUGCCUGGAUGUUUGGUGACACAAAGCCUAGUGGAAAAGAGCUCGUCAUGGGUAUUUUGAUUCCAAGACUUAGCUCAAAAACAAUCCGUCAGGCUGUGGGCGUUGUGGGUUGUGUCAUUAUGCCUCACAAUGUAUUUCUGCAUUCUGCUUUAGUGCAGUCAAGGAAGAUUGAUCCGAAUAAGAAAGGCCGGGUGCAAGAGGCUCUUAAUUACUAUAAUAUUGAGUCAACAGUUGCACUUUCAGUCACCUUUAUGAUCAAUCUGUUUGUCACAACAGUUUUUGCUAAGGGUUUUUAUGGUACAGAGCAGGCAAAUAGCAUAGGAUUGGUAAAUGCAGGGCAGUAUCUUGAGGAAAAAUAUGGAGGUGGACUCUUCCCUAUUCUUUAUAUAUGGGGGAUCGGGUUAUUGGCAGCUGGACAAAGUAGCACUAUUACUGGCACGUAUGCUGGGCAGUUCAUAAUGGGGGGUUUCCUCAACCUUCGAUUAAAGAAAUGGUUGAGAGCAUUGAUCACUCGGAGUUGUGCAAUUGUGCCAACUAUAAUUGUAGCUAUUGUUUAUAAUAGCUCAGAAGGCUCAUUGGAUGUUUUGAAUGAAUGGCUUAAUGUGCUUCAGUCCGUACAAAUUCCCUUUGCAUUGAUUCCCCUCCUCACGUUGGUCUCCAAAGAGCGUAUCAUGGGGUCCUUUAAGGUUGGGCCUGUUCUUGAGAGGGUGGCUUGGACGGUUGCUGCACUGAUAAUAGUAAUUAAUGGGUAUCUCUUAGUAGAUUUCUUCCUUUCUGAGGUGAACGGCGUACUAUUUGCUUUUGUAGCCUGCUCUUGCACAGUUUCUUAUAUUGCAUUCAUUGUAUAUUUAAUUUCACAAAGUGGAAUUCUUCCUUCCGCUUGGGUUGAUCGAUUUCCAAAGGGUUUUUCUCUUACUGGGAAUUAAGUCAACAAAAGUCACACAUCAUUAAUCUGGAAAUAGUACAGCAAGCCUCAAUUAAACAAUUUUGCUUGACGAGUUUGACUCAUACACAUACACCAUGAAGGAUGCCCUAUAGAGUUUCUCCAACCCUGCAAUUGGGAUUAAAGGAUGUACAAGGUCAGAUAGUGGAAAGAGCCUAGAUUUAACUGCACCUCUUUUCUCCAGUAGAGUUAUAGAGGUUACCUACAAUGUGUAACAAGACAAGAAAGAGAUAUCUUUCGGUAAUGAAAGAUGUGGAGAGAGCAUCAUUACAACUUGCAGGUUGCAGGAUAGAUUACUUUCCUGCAUGCCUUAUGAUUUUUCUAACAAGUUGUGAAGUGCUCCAUCAUUCUUUGUUGUAAACAGUUUGUAUUUAAACUCAGACUAACACUCACACUUACAUAUUGCUUUGGUGAAGGAACAAGGAGUAUAUUUUUCCUUGAUCAGUCGGCCACAGGUAAGACAACAGCCAUAAGUUGUUUAUAGUCAAUAAUAUAAGUACAUUCAUUGUGUCUUUCA